AGAUUCCGACCCCAAAAAAAAAAAAAAUCAGGAGAGAGAAAGAAGAAGAAAAAGUUCAUUCCUUUCUUUCGCUGUCUCCUCAUCUGCCAUAGUCGAUGAUGCAGCUGUUUUGCCCUUCACCGAUUCACUUGAAAGGAACAUAAUGCACGUCUCUCCCUGCUUCCUACUCUCUCUCUCUCUCUCGGACUCUGUUCUUGAGCUUCCUGCGGGAUCAGGCGUCGCUUGCGGAUUCCCAUCUUUUAAAUGGUUUUGCUAAAGAUUGAAUUGUCCAUGCAGAAGUUCUGCAAUGAGGGGUACUUAGAUUGACUGAAGUGUCUGCCGACCUACUUUUUUUCCUUUUCAGGGAAAAAAAAUGGUUCUUGGUUUGCGAUCGAAGAGCCGAAAAUGUGUUUCGGUCCAGGUUGAGUAUCUUGUCUGUGUCCAACAGAUCAAGCCCUGGCCCUCGGGCCAGUCCAAAUCGCCUCAGUUCUUGUUGAUCCAAUGGGAGAACGGGGAUCAGAGUUCGGGAUCCUUUAGAUGCAGUGUCGGGGAAGGAAAGAUUGAAAUGGGGGAAUCCUUCAAGCUUCCUGUUACUUUGUACCGGGAAGCUUCGAAGAAAAGAAGCACCCAUGAAAGUUACCAGAAGAAUAUCUUGGAGUUUCAGUUGUAUGAAUCUCUAAGGGACAGGACGGUGAAAGGUCAACUGUGGGGAUCUGCAGCAAUAAACCUGGCUGAAUAUGGGGUUAGUAGAGAAACCGUUAACAUAAGCACUUCUGUGAACUGCAAGAAGAGCUUGAGGAAUGCUGGACAACCGCCUCUGCUUUAUGUUAGCAUUGAGCCAUUGCAUAGAGAUAGCUCCAGCUCUUCACCCAACGUUGGAUUAUCCAAGGAGGGCUCGCUUGAAAAGGGUGAAAGUGGAUCGGUUUCAGCUCUAGGUCAUGAUGGUGAUGAUGAGGUUGAGAUCUCAUCAUUCACCGAUGAUGAUGAUGUUUCCACACAUUCAUCUCAAGUGGUUUCUUCUGCUGCUUCUGAUACUGCUGGGGCCUCCCUGCCUCAAAAGGAUGAGGAAGACGCUGAAAAACUUAAAAAGGGCAAAGCAACGACAAAUAGGGAAGAUCUACCACUCUCAAGCACCGAGUCUUUAGACCGAAAAAUACACAACCAUAAAAGUGACACCUCCCUAAAAGGUAUGCAAGGUCAGCAGGAGUUCUCCACUAAUUACAGGAGAAGCCUUGAGCAGCACACAGCAGCCAAUGAGAGUAUUGCUAGUGAAGAUGCAAGAAAAAAAAGUACCCCAGAGUUACAUGACACAUAUGCAAGAAGCACAUCUCAAAAUUACAAGAAUACAUGGAUGCCGAACAGGAUUAGCCCACAGGAGGCUGCAAGCAGUGAUGAGUUAACUGGUGGUCACUCGAGUGAAAAGGAUGAAAAUGGGCAUCAAGAAAAUGGACAUUCAUCACAGACAUCAAAGGCAGUGAAACAUCUCUCAGAAGAUGAAUUGUUAAUCCUGGAUACUUCAAGACGUGCUGCAAGUAAGCAGCUUACCUUAAGGAAAGGUGCCCUUGGUGACCAGAGCAACAUUGCCAAGAGCAAUGCACUAAAACGUGCGAAAUCCACGUUUUUGCCAUCUGCAACAUCUGAAAAUGCUGAACUCAUAAAUAGCCACACCCUUCUUCAACCAGUUGGUCGAAAAGCUGCUUCGAGUUCAGUAACAAGCAGCAGAGCAUCUAACAAUGAAGCAAAAUUGGAAUCUAAAGUUGCUAUGCUCGAGGAAGAGCUGAGAGAAGCUGCUGCCCUUGAGGUUAGCCUCUAUUCAGUUGUUGCUGAACAUGGAAGCUCCUCAAAUAAGAUCCACUCUCCUGCUAGGCGUCUUUCUAGAUUUUAUUUCCAUGCUUGCCAAACCAAUUCCCCCGCUAAGAGGGCAAGUGCUGCUAGAGCUGUGGUCUCGGGAUUAGCUUUGGUCUCCAAGGCAUGUGGGAACGAUGUGCCCAGGUUAACCUUUUGGUUAUCGAAUGCAAUUGUGCUGAGAGCUAUAGCCACCUCUGCUGCCAAAAAAUCCAAAUUUAAUGGCAAUGGAGAACUCCAUACCAAGUCUUCUCCUGGUAAGUCUGGACGUGCUGAUGAUUGGGAGAAUCCCCAAAUUUUCACUCUUGCACUGGAGAGGGUCGAAGCUUGGAUGUUUUCCCGUAUAGUAGAGUCUGUUUGGUGGCAGACAAUGACUCCACACAUGCAAAGCUCUGCUGCGAAAGGCUCAAACUCGAGGAAAUCUCAUGGUAAGAAGCACAUAUUGGGUGACGCUGAACAGGGUUCCCAUUCCAUUGAGCUAUGGAAGAAAGCUUUCAAGGAUGCUUGUGAGAGGCUUUGCCCUGUUCGUGCAGGAGGUCAUGACUGCGCUUGCUUGUCUUUACUCGCUCGACUGGUGAUGGAGCAGUUGGUGAGUAGGCUAGAUGUGGCCAUGUUCAAUGCUAUACUUCGUGAAUCCGCUGAUGAGAUGCCAACAGAUCCUGUUUCUGAUCCAAUAACCGAUUCUAAAGUUCUCCCAAUCCCUGCUGGAAAAUCGGGUUUUGGGGCUGGUGCGCAGCUGAAAAAUGCAAUUGGGAGUUGGUCCAGAUGGCUUGGUGAUCUUUUCGGUAUAGAUGAAGACGACUCUCAUGUAGAACCAAAUGGCGAUAACAGAAACCAGGACUCUGAUUCAUCUUCUAAAGCUUUUCACCUGCUUAAUGCACUGAGUGAUCUCAUGAUGCUUCCAUUUGAAAUGCUUGCAGAUAGAAGCACACGGAGAGAGGUUUGCCCUGCAUUUGGUGUACCAUUGAUCAAGAGGGUUCUUUAUAAUUUUGUCCCUGACGAUUUUUGCCCUGAACCAGUCCCACAGCAAGUUCUCGAGGCCCUUGACGCUGAGGACGAUCCUGAUGCUGAUAAUGAGUCGAUAUCAAAUAUCCCAUACAUAGCGUCCCCGACUCAGUACACUCCACCUCCUGCUGCUACGCUUUACAGCACCAUCGGAAGUAGUCAGAGUCUUUCUCAAAGCGAGUCCUCAGUGCUGCGAAAAUCAUACACGAGCGACGACGAGCUCGAUGAAUUGGACUCACCGAUAGCCUCGAUCGUCCUUGACAAUGGCCGGGUUUCUCCUGCCUCAGACCCACCCGAUUGGAUGCUGAAGGGAAAGGGAGGUCGAAAGGUUGUGAGGUAUCAGCUCCUUAGAGAAGUAUGGAAAGAUGGAAAAUAGUCUCAUUUGAACUUCGCCACCACUUCUGUCUGAUAUUCUUAGUUUUGUAUAAUUUACUUUAUCUUUUUUAAUUUUAUGUCCCCUUGUAAUUAUUAAUCACUUUGGUCGGUAUUAUCGGUAUAUGAGGAUGGAUAUUAACUUAAUGAUGAGGAUCUCUCUUUUGUAUC